GUGCGUUCCCGCAGCAACAGGGAAGAUGGCAGCUCUCACAUCUCUCACCCAGUUAUCUAGUGGGAACCCUGUAUAUGAGAACUUUUACAGACAGGUGGACCCUGGGAAUACGGGUAGAGUUGGACCAACAGAAGCUGCCUUGUUCCUAAAGAAGUCUGGACUCCCUGACAUUACAUUGGGAAAGAUUUGGGAUUUGGCCGAUCCCGAUGGCAAAGGAUAUCUUGACAAACAGGGGUUUUACGUAGCUCUGCGUUUGGUGGCCUGCGCUCAGAAUGGUCAUGAAGUUAGUCUCUCCAGCCUCAACCUCACAAUCCCCCCACCCAAGUUUAAGGACACCAGCAGUCCGUCUCUAAGCAGCACAGCUCCUCCCUCCAGCGAAUUACACUGGGCUGUCAGGCCCGAGGAGAAGAAUACAUUUGAUGGGAUCUUUGAGAGUUUGGCUCCAGUCAAUGGCCUGCUGUCAGGAGACAAGGUGAAACCAGUCUUAAUCAACUCCAAGCUACCUCUGGACAUCCUUGGGAAGGUUUGGGACCUGAGUGACAUUGAUAAAGAUGGCCACCUGGACAGAGAUGAGUUUGCAGUGGCCAUGCACCUGGUGUACCGGGCCUUGGAGAAGGAGCCGGUCCCCUCCCUCCUCCCCUCCUCCCUCAUCCCGCCGUCCAAGAGGAAGAAGAGUCUGGGCUCAGUGGCUGGCUCUGCCACUGGACUACCUGCAAGCCCCCCCCCACCAAAAGACUCGUUACGCUCCACACCCUCUCAUGGCAGCAUGAACUCACUCAACAGCACCGGCAGCCUGUCGCCCAAACACACACUCAAGUCUGGACAGCAUUCAUUGAACUGGGUGGUCCCAGUGUCAGACCGUGGUCGCUAUGACGACAUCUUUCUGAAGACUGACGCCGAUCUGGACGGUUUUGUCAGCGGGCAUGAAGUAAAAGACAUCUUCAUGCACUCUGGACUCUCUCAGAACCUCCUGGCCCACAUAUGGGCUCUGGCAGACACCAGGCAGCUAGGCAAGCUGACCAGGGAGCAGUUUGCUCUCGCCAUGUAUCUCAUCCAGCAGAAGGUCAGCAAGGGCAUCGAUCCUCCACAGGCCCUGACUGCCGACAUGUUACCCCCCUCAGAGAGAGGGACCCCUGUACCAAGUAUGUCAGGAUACAUGACCCCAGUGGGAUCGGAGAUGGCUGCUCUGUCUGAAAUGAGAAGGGACAGCUCCAGUUCAGUGGGUUCAGGCGAGUUCACCGGAGUCAAGGAUCUGGAUGACAUCAGCCAGGAAAUAGCACAGUUGCAGAGCACACUUGCCUUUACCCAGUGGAAUACUAUCAGGGAGAAGUACACACUGGAGCAGGACAUUAGGGACGCGGAGGAGGCCAUCAGACACAAGAGUGCAGAGGUGCAGGAGAUGCAGAAUGACCUGGACAGAGAGACGGCCAGCCUGCAGGAGCUGGAGGCUCAGAAACAAGACGCCCAGGACCGCCUGGAAGAGAUGGACCAGCAGAAACACAAGCUGGAGGACAUGCUGAACGAGGUCCGGGUCAAGUGCCAGGAGGAGUCUCACAUGAUACAUCCGUUCUCACAUGGUCAACCGGCAAAUGAACAAUGGCGCUGGAGGACAGGAAACAAACAAAAAGACGAAGGGGGCCUGGGCCAGCCACACCACGGGCCGUAGGACCCAGAGCUUCCCUCCGCUACCCAGAGACCUAACAAAUCCCUGCGGGAGAAAACAAAGCCGCGAAAACCUAAACUACCUGUUCCUCCAGAGUACAUAAAGACACAAAAACACUAGGAAUCUACAGAUCCUAAAGCAGCAGUAGAAGGAGGUAGUCCACGGACAACAUCUUCCGGCGUUAAGAUCGGGGAAGAGACCUCUUCUCCUCCAGCUUCUCCUUUUCAAGUCCCCAGCUGAACGUAAUUAGGACACCUGGGGGA